CAAUCGGACGCGGAUAUGUGAUUACGGAUGCAGAUGUUGAUGCGGAUGUCAAUUUUCAUGCGGAUGUUCCGCAUUCGCGGAUGUGAAUGCGGAUAUCCGUAGCAUCCAUUGUGUUUUAUUUUGUUUAUUUCACAUAACCAUGCCCCUCCCCAGUGCAAAAGUUAUUUGGGCGAGCAGUAAAUACACCAAGGAAAAUUUUCUGCAAUAUUUUAUGAAGCGAUUUUUUUUUUCAAUAUCCGCAUGGUAUGAUGCGGAUGGGUUGGCAAAUGGCUGGACACGUGUAACUUGAGACCCUAAUGUGGCCAUUCACCUCUGUCCAGCAACUCCCAUCCCAACCUCCACGUGGUGCCGACCGGAAUACGAGUAACCUUAGCGGAGAUCGGGUAACCAACCCCGGUGGAAACUAUGGUCGUAUGCUGACUGGGAAGGGGGUCGUACGCGGCUGUAUCCCCAUAGGGGCGGCGUACAACAGCGUCUGACCCGGAGCGGGCGGCUGAAUUAUGGAAUGCUGUAUCCCGCCAGCUACACCUAAGAUGGCAGCCCCAUCAGCAGGAUGUAGGUAUCGCGACCCUGGUAAGGUAGCAUACCGAAACCUUUCAUCAACCACGAGCAACGAUUUUAGAAAUACGGAACGGAUCAAUCGGCAAAGACCUAGGCUACGAACACGGAAAAAGAUUAAGGUAAACGAUUGGAAAUUGGGUACUUGGAACGUCCGAUCUCUCAAUGAACCGGCGCGGGCUGGCUUGCUUGCUCGAGAACUACAGCGGCAGGAAGUCGAAAUCGCAGCGAUUCAGGAGGUUCGGUGGCCAAAUUCCGGAGAAAGGGAAUUCCGUGCAGUAGACCCUAUUGCAUGCACUUCUUUCAAGUACCACAUCUAGUACAGUGGCGGCAAAGCAGCGGAACGGGGCGUCGGUUUCGUAGUGCUGGGAAAUCAGAAAACAAGAGUCAUCCGGUGGAGGCCCGUAGAUGACCGUAUAUGCGUGUUGAGGAUUAAGGGCAAAUUCUUCAACUACAGUUUAAUCAACACCUACGCACCGACAAACGACAAAUCCGAUGAAGUCAAAGAUGAGUUCUAUGACAAGCUUGAGCGAAUCUAUGACGCGUGCCCAAAACACGACGUAAAAGUCGUCAUCGGAGACGCAAACGCACAGGUUGGUAGGGAGGAAUUCUUUCGUCCGGUCAUUGGAAGGCAUAGCCUCCACUCGUCAACCAAUGAAAACGGCCUGAGGCUGAUAAACUUUGCCGCGGCCAGAGGAAUGGCCAUAUGUAGCUCCUAUUUUCCACGUUUGAAUAUUCUGAAACACACCUGGAGGCAUCCAAAUGGAGAAGCCUGUUCCCAGAUCGAUCACGUACUGAUUGACGGUCGGCACUUUUCGGAUGUUACUGAUGUUAGGUCUUUUCGGGGACCAAACAUUGACGCUGACCAUUUUCUCGUCGUUUGUAAGAUCCGCGCACGGUUGUCGAACGUGCUGAAAUCUCGCACAGAGAGGACGACGCGUUUCAACAUUCAGCGGUUGAAAGCUGAUGGCGUGGCAGCAGAAUACGCCAGAGAGCUGGAUCAACGGAUCGCAGAACAGCAGGAGGAAGGAGUGGAAGACAUAAAUGGGCUGUGGAGCAGUAUUCACGGCGCCAUCGAAACGACUGCGAGAGAAGUGGUAGGUACGACGCGUGGAAGGCAGCCUAACGGCUGGUUCGAUGCCGAGUGCCAGAGAGCGACAGAUGAGAAGAACCGUGCCAGGAGCCGCAUGCUCACUGCGGCUACGCGUCAGAACAGAGAGAGGUACAGGGUGGCAAGAGCUGCUGAAAAUAGAACCCACCGUCGGAAGAAGCGCGAGUACGAGGAGCAGGUGCUCGCCAGCGCAGAGGACAGCUAUGCUCAAAACGACGUGCGGAGAUUCUAUAGAACUGUCAACAGAGUCAGAAGCAGGAAUUUCCCGGUGCCGGUCAUGUGUAAUGACAAGGACGGCAACCUGCUUACUGAUAAACCGACGGUUGCAGCCAGGUGGAAGGAGCAUUUUCAGGCGCUAUUGAACGGUGAGGUGCCAGAUGAGCAGAGCAGGAACAGGAUGACGAUUAUGAGUGACGAACAAGCUGUGGAGCCACCAACACAGGAGGAGAGUUACAGGGUAUGGAUCUAUACGUCGUUAUGGAUCUAUACAAGGCGGAAGCUACUGAAUUGUUAUGCAUUGAGAUGGUAAACUAAUCCCUAGUUGCCAUAUACGUGGUUCUCUGUGCAACUUCACUAGCUCGGAUCCAUCACGGAGAAGCAACUACAAAAUGUGCGGUCGUUAAGCUAAAGCUUAUACUCAACACACAGGCGGUUCCAUAAGCUACUUAACCCUGGAGAAGUAAUUUUAUUUUGGCGUUGAAUUGAUGCAUGAAUUUUGAAUCAUUCAAGAUGCAAAUUUUUGUUUAAAACUCAAUAACUAGUGAUCAUUACGGUGUUAACACAUCGAUACAUAUCAAAUAUCAGAAUUCAGUUUUUUGGAAACCAAAACGGAUUCGCACUAUUUGAGAAAGAAGAGGGUAAUGUCACUAAAAGCGAGGAGUCAAAUUGACGCAGACUAUCUUUUUAGAGUUAAAAUAUGUUCCCUCAUAAUUCAAAUACUCCUAAUAAUACUUUUCAGUAUUGAAUAAAAUUAAAAGUCUCGCAUAUCCCCGUUUGCAUUCAUUUUACUGGUUUAGAGAAGUUAUUCAUACCACGAGGUUACAUAUAUCUGC